AUGCAACUUCCAACGUCAACGCUCUUCCUCGUUCUGUUCUCUCUCACGUCAUUAGUUGAGAUUGAAGCGAAAUACCAUCCACCGUCAACUGCUUCACCGGAUUAUCAGAAAUGCAAACAUGGUGUUGAUAGCGACCCAGCAUGUAUGGUAAUCUAUUCUGAUCCAGACGUGUCUUCAAUCCAAUCAUCCCACGAUCGAUUUUUACUCUUGAACGAGAAACAUCCAGAAUUGAAAUCAUAUAUCAGACAACAAACGAAAUCACCUUACCAAACGCCUACAUCUACUUCUUUACCUGAUGGACCCAUGACACCUUCUGCACCUGCAUUGAUAGCUCCUGAAUUAUCCACAUUGGGAUCUACACCUACACCUACUCAGGUCCUUAGUGCAGGAAGGAAAAGAGGCAUGGGAACCAAGGUCCAACCUGAACCUGAACCUCAAUCGGAAUCUGGAAAUUCAGAUGAAGGAGAAGUACAAGGUGAAAAGAAAUUUGGUGGAAUGAGCGGAUGGGCUAAACCUUUUUUAAUCAAAAAAGAUUCAACUCAAUUCGAAUUUCCUUCUUCCUUAUCCUUCUUUGGUUUGACUUCUUUCAACAAUCCAACUUCAUACUACACCAGCGCCAACGCCGACUCGGGAGUUACACUUAUUUCCGAUACGGUUGGAGUAAGUUCAGUGAAUCAGCAAGAUACGAUUGGAAGUGCUAAAUGGGGAUUUGGAGGUGGAUGGGGAAGACCGUGGAGACGUUCACCUUUACCUAAUCCCUCAAAAGAAUGUUUGGAAGAAACUACUAUCACUGAAUUAUCAACAGCAACAUCAACAGCAACUGCUACCCAGACCAUUGUUCAGACUAUCACUGCACCAGCUAGUACGCCCACGAUAGAUAGUGGUGAUAAUACCGGGAAUGCAAAGUGGGGAUUCGGUGGUGGGUGGGGAAGACCAUUCAUGAGAUCUUCUGAUUCGAAUAAAAAUCAAAGUGAAGAUCAAGAUAGACAAGUUAAUGAAGAAAGCUUCGGUUCCUCAGGAGGAAGUCCACCUUUCAGAAGACGAUUCGACGUUGCAAGUCUUCAACCUCCAGCUGAGGUUCAAGAAUCCACAAUGUCAACCGCCGCUCCUGAAGCACCAGGACAGCCACAAGCUGGUACAGAUGUUGAUGCAGUAGGAAAUAAGAAAUUCGGUUUCGGCGGUGGUUGGGGCAGACCAUGGAAAAGACAAGGUGAAAAUGGGGAUGACACAGGAAAUGCUAAAUUCGGUUACGGCGGUGGAUGGGGUAGGCCUUGGUAA